AAGCUGAGUGAAUGCUUUGUUAGGAACUAUACUAUUACUAGUGUUUGAGUCUAAUAGACGUCUCAUUCAUUGAAUUGAAUUAAAUUAAAAAUAUAUUUAAUCUUUAAUUGCGUUAUAUUUUGAACACUAAUUACAAAAUGCAAAUAUUCGUCAAAACAUUGACCGGAAAGACCAUCACUCUUGAGGUCGAACCGAGCGAUACCAUCGAGAAUGUGAAGGCAAAGAUUCAGGACAAGGAAGGCAUUCCUCCGGAUCAACAAAGAUUGAUCUUUGCGGGCAAACAACUCGAAGAUGGCCGCACUCUCUCUGACUAUAAUAUCCAAAAAGAGUCGACACUUCAUUUGGUUCUUCGUUUGAGAGGAGGAAUGCAAAUCUUUGUCAAAACGUUGACCGGAAAGACCAUUACAUUGGAGGUCGAGCCCAGCGAUACCAUUGAGAACGUAAAGGCAAAGAUUCAGGACAAGGAAGGUAUUCCUCCGGAUCAACAGCGACUCAUUUUUGCGGGCAAACAACUCGAAGACGGCCGCACUCUCUCCGACUAUAAUAUUCAAAAGGAGUCGACACUUCAUUUGGUUCUCAGACUCAGAGGAGGAAUGCAGAUCUUUGUCAAGACAUUAACGGGCAAAACAAUCACAUUAGAGGUCGAGCCCUCCGAUACCAUUGAAAACGUAAAGGCAAAGAUCCAGGAUAAGGAAGGUAUUCCUCCGGAUCAGCAGAGAUUGAUUUUUGCCGGCAAACAACUAGAAGACGGCCGAACUCUUUCCGAUUAUAACAUUCAAAAAGAAUCUACACUUCAUUUGGUACUCCGAUUGAGAGGAGGAAUGCAAAUAUUCGUAAAAACAUUGACCGGAAAGACCAUUACACUCGAAGUCGAGCCCUCGGACACAAUCGAGAAUGUAAAGGCAAAAAUUCAAGAUAAAGAAGGCAUUCCUCCGGAUCAACAACGUUUGAUCUUUGCAGGCAAACAACUGGAAGACGGCCGCACCCUUUCAGACUAUAACAUUCAAAAAGAGUCAACCCUUCACUUAGUCCUUCGUUUGAGAGGCGGAAUGCAGAUCUUUGUUAAGACAUUGACCGGCAAAACAAUCACUUUAGAAGUCGAGCCCUCGGACACAAUCGAGAACGUGAAGGCAAAGAUUCAAGACAAAGAAGGUAUCCCUCCGGACCAACAGCGACUCAUUUUUGCCGGCAAACAACUCGAAGACGGCCGCACUUUAUCUGAUUAUAACAUUCAAAAAGAGUCGACAUUGCAUUUGGUCCUUCGUCUGAGAGGUGGUAUGCAAAUCUUUGUCAAGACAUUGACCGGUAAGACCAUCACUCUAGAGGUGGAGCCAUCGGACACCAUUGAGAAUGUGAAGGCGAAAAUCCAGGACAAAGAGGGUAUUCCUCCGGAUCAACAACGUCUGAUCUUUGCCGGUAAACAGCUGGAGGACGGCCGCACUCUUUCGGAUUACAACAUUCAAAAGGAGUCGACUCUCCAUUUAGUCCUUCGACUUCGUGGAGGAAACUAAUCCAUUGAAAAAACUGAUUGUUUUUGAGCACAAAUUAUUAGCUCUAAAAUUAUAAAUAUUAGAUUCAAAAUUUGUAUUACUUUUGUUUAUUGUUUUAUUACACAAUUAAUAUUGAUUUGUAUUUUCAAAAUUGUGAUUUUGUUUAAUAAAGUUAUUAAUUGAGCAUUAA